CCUCCACAUCUAUCCCAAACAAAAUUCCCUCCCUUCCCUCGUUUUCUACUCCCCUCCUAUCCCCCCUCCACCCCCGUCCGCACACAGACACACACAUUUACCAUUAUAAAAUCUCAAACCCUCAUUUUCCCUCUCUCUCUUGUAAUCUAAAACCCUAAAAUUUGCAGCCAACUUUAUUAGUUUGAAUGCAUUAAUUUAAUUAACUAUUUUUGUUAAGAGUAAUGGCUGGGCCAGGAGUUUCGACCGGCGACUCGGGGGCAAAAGGACAGACCGUCCAGACACCAUCGACGUCGAUCCGGCGGCAUCUACCGUUCUCGUCGAUGAAGCCGCCGUUCUUUCCCCCUAAUGACUACCACCGCUUCUCGACGCCGGGCGGCAUCCCCGCCUCUGAUCACCCACCGGAAGUUGUUGUGGUUAAGUCUCCUCUGCCGAAGCGGAAGAAUGGGCAUGCAAACAAUGAGGUUGAGCCUAGUGAAUGGACGACAAGUCCUGGAUGCAACAAUAUGGCUAAUAGUCCCUUCAGCACACCUGUUUCUGGAAAAGGAGGAGGGGCAAGUGGUCGGUCUAAGUUUACAAAAAACAAUAGAUCUGCGCCUGCAACUCCUGUCACCAAUGUUGAUGCUCCAUCUCCUCUCACUCCUGCUGGAAGCUGUCGCUACGAUAGCUCCUUGAGUACUUAUGUUACUUUGCAUUUUGGAUUAGAUUUUCAGGCUUUAGAUGUCAAAGCUAUUGGUGAUGUGCUGAUAUUUAUAUGGACUGUCUCAGGUCUUUUGACAAAGAAAUUCAUUAACUUGAUAAAGCGUGCAGAAGAUGGUGAACUUGAUUUAAACAAAGCUGCUGACACUUUGCAGGUUCAGAAGAGAAGGAUAUAUGACAUAACAAAUGUCCUUGAAGGAAUUGGUCUUAUUGAAAAGAAGCUUAAGAACAGAAUCCGCUGGAAGGGACUCGAUCCUUCAAAACCUGAAGAAAUGCAGAAUGAUGCCACUCUUUUGCUGGCUGAAUUUGAGAACCUUUCCAUGGAAGAAAAAGGAUUGGAUGAGCGAAUAAGGGAGAUGCAAGAAAAGCUGAGGGACUUGAGUGAAGAUGAAAACAAUCAAAAAUGGCUUUUUGUAACUGAAGAUGAUAUCAAAGGCUUACCCUGUUUCCAGAAUGAAACCCUGAUAGCAAUUAAAGCUCCACAUGGAACUACCCUUGAAGUUCCAGAUCCUGAUGAGGCUGUUGACUAUCCGCAGAGGAGAUAUAGAAUAAUACUCAGAAGUACAAUGGGUCCUAUUGAUGUUUACCUCGUCAGUCAGUUUGAAGAGAAGUUUGAAGAGCUGAGUGGUGUUGAACAACAAACAAGCUUCCCCCUUACACCUAGCUCAGGCUCAAAUGGAAAUCUAGCAAUAGAAAGAGCCUCUGUGACGAACAGUUCAACGGGCAUUGAAGUUCAGACACAAGAGAGUCAGACUAUGAGCUCCAAUUAUAGUGCCUCACAAGAGUUUUCUGGUGGAAUGACGAAGAUUAUUCCUUCAAACAUUGAUAAUGAUGCAGACUAUUGGCUUUUAUCAGAUGCAGAAGUUAGCAUCACAGACAUGUGGAAGACAGAUUCUGGUUUGGAAUGGAGUGGAGUAAAUAUGCUUCAUGAGGAGUUUGAAAUGGCCACCAUUGGCAUGCCAAGGCCAGAGACUCCACCGUCCCACAUUUCUAAUGUACCUUCUCCUGUUGUUAACGUGCCACCUAGGUGAUUUCCUUGUUUUGAUUAAUGAGAAAAGCAGACUCGUGUUAUUUCAGAUGUUAAAAAGUCAUUGUCAUUGGUUCUUGCUUGAUCCACCGGGACUCUUAACAGUCUCUGAAGACUCGGAUUUACUGUGCAACGAACUGCAGAAAGAGGGACAUGCAAGGAACCGCUUAAGAGGCCGAGAUAUUGGGAGCUGUCUCCAUUGAAUCAGUGGUAAAUAAAUGUUUUAAGUUCUUGUAAUUCUGGUGCAAUGUCGUGGAUAUCUGAAAUGAAGGGAGAACACUGCAGGCAAAUUGCUAGAGCAACACUUGUAAACAGGUCUGAUUUACUUGUAUUACUUUGACUUAUUUGCAACCUUUUCUGCAAAUCUGAUAAUUAGAAAAUAAAAACAUGGGUUGAAGUUAGCAUGGCAAUGUGGUUUGGUAACUUUGACAUUAAGUUAGUUUAUUUGAGUUGUUA